AUGGUAGUGUUGACUGAUGAACAACUAGCGUUGGCCGAGAAAGGACUGUGGCGACGGGAAUUGGAGAAGGAUGCUUGCGGAGUGGGAUUUGUCGCCAACAUCAAGGGAAUUCCCUCUCAUAAGGUAAACUAAUAUAAUUUUUGAAAUUUUUUCUUCUUUUUUUUUGCUCUAAAAACUUGGGUUAUUAUGGUUUACACUGCGUGUAAUAAGAUUUACUUGUUUUCACAUUCAAAAAAUCGUUUCUUCUCUAAAACGUGAUGUGAUAUUUUUGAUCAAACUCAAGAAUCUUGAAGUUCCUGAAACCAAUCUCUAAAAAUACCCAUCUCUCUUGCCUGUUGCCCUUUUGUUAUCGCACAUGGUGUCAUCGUCCAAGGCAAACGUACCUUUUCAAGGUUUACUGCACCGAUUUUUGAGCAAACAAAUAAUUUUGAUAAGGUCGAAAACACAUGUUUAAUGUUUUUUGAUAAGAUUCCACUCAAGCCUUUGAAGUUUUAUCAAAAGUUUAUGAACGUUUUUGAUCAAGAAAUUGUAAGCGUAAUUUGGUAAUGCAGAAAAACAUAGUAAUGGCAGUGGAAGGAGGGAAACAUAAUCGUCAUGUAUAACACAAAGCAAUAUUGAAAUUUGUGAUUGAAGUAAUUCAAUGAAGAAAUUGUUUUAGAUCCUCCAAGAAGGCAAUGUUAUGCUGGAACGAAUGGCCCAUCGAGGAGCGUGCGCCUGCGACAACAACUCGGGAGAUGGCGCCGGAGUCAUGGCCGCCGUCCCCGACUCCUUUUAUCGAAAAAUCCUCAAAGAAGACCACAAAAUAGAUCUUCCCCCGUUUGGUGCAUAUGCAACUGGCAUCUUGUUCAUGGAGAAAUCUUCAUACAAACAGUGCAAGACUUCAUUCGCGGAUCUGGCCAAGUUUUGCGGAUUGAAUGUGAUCUCAUGGAGAAAGUUGAAGAUAAACCCGGAAAUUCUCGGAGCUGAAGCCCGGAAAACGGAGCCUUGCAUUCGACAAGUCUUUGUGACCGCAGAAAAUGCCGAGAAGGAUCGGGAUCAGUUUGAUCGGACCGUGUAUAUGCUGAGGAAAGCCGCCGUACAUCACUUUAACAAAGAAGGAAUCAAUUGUUAUUUGUGUUCACUUUCGUGUUCAACCAUUGUUUAUAAGGUGAGAAUAGGGGUUAUUGAUAAAUGAUAGGGAUGUACUUGAAUUUAGAAUUGAUUUCCAUGAAAUUGAUACUGUUUUUGAAGGAGUAUUACUGUAUACAGCUGUAGUUUUUUAGGGGUUUGGAAAAUGUCUUUGCUUUUUUUAAAGUUUUUGAUAAUUUUUUAAUUUUAGGGCCAAUUUACCCCGUGGCAACUGUACAAAUACUACGAUGACCUCACCAACCCCGAGUUUGUCACCCACAUAGCCCUUGUUCACAGUCGGUUUUCCACCAACACCUUCCCCACCUGGUCCCGCGCUCAGCCCAAUCGAAUGGUCGCCCAUAAUGGAGAAAUUAACACCCUCCGAGGAAAUAUUAACUUCAUGCGAGCCCGAGAAGGGACCAUGAACAGCCAGAAGUACGGGGAAAACCUGAACAAGCUGUACCCGGUGGUUGAGGAGGGAAUGACCGACUCUGGAUCUUUUGAUAAUGUACUUGAGUUCUUGGUCCGAGCCGGGGAUAGAACUCUUCCAGAGGCCGCAAUGAUGAUGGUUCCAGAAGCCUGGGAGAAGGAUGAGGUGAGAAAUUGAAGGAACAAUGGAAUUUAUAUUGUUUUAGGAGAUGCUUCCAGAGAAAAGGUCCUUUUAUCGAUGGGCCUCGAUGCUCAUGGAACCCUGGGAUGGCCCAGCUCUUUUGGCCUUCUGUGACGGCCGAUAUGUUGGAGGAAUCUUGGACCGAAAUGGACUUCGACCUGCGAGAUACUACCUUACGGAUGAUGGACACAUAUACAUGUCAUCGGAAGUUGGCGUUAAUGAUAUUCCGGUGGAAUCAGUUGUCAAAAAAGUAAGUUUUUUUGUGGUAUAA